AAUUUGCGUCGCUUGCCACAAGCUUUUAGCUUGUUUACUUAACCUACUAUCCACACUCGACCGGGCCUGAACGUCAAGGAUAAUUCACAGUGACAGCGAUUAUCGUUAUUCAGAGAAAACGAGCGAACAUCAAAGCCGGUCAAACAAUAGCGCAGCAAGAUGACAAAGAAAGGAAAAAAGAAAGGGCAGAAACGGCAACCCUCUGAACAAGACCCUCAAGCCUCUGGUUCACAGCAACAGGGAGCACCUGAUGCACAGCAACAGCAGCAGGCUCGGGGUUCACAGCAACAACAGAGGCCACCUGCUGCACAACAACAGAGACCGCCUGGUCCACAACAGCAGCAGCAACAGAGACCACCUGGUCCACAACAGCAGCAUCAACAGAGACCACCUGGUCCACAACAGCAGCAGCAACAGAGACCACCAGUUCCACAGCAGCAGCAGCAGCAACCAGCUGGUCCAUGGCAACAACAAAGACCGCCUAUUCCACAACAGCAGCAGCAACAGAGACCACCUGGUCCACAACAGCAGCAGCAACAGAGACCACCAGUUCCACAGCAGCAGCAGCAGCAACCAGCUGGUCCAUGGCAACAACAAAGACUGCCUAUUCCACAACAGCAGCAGCAACAGAGACCACCUGGUCCACAACAGCAGCAGCAACAGAGACCACCAGUUCCACAGCAGCAGCAGCAACAGAGACAACCUGGUCCACAACAGCAGCAACAGAGACCACCAGUUCCACAGCAGCAGCAACCAGCUGGUCCAUGGCAACAACAAAGACCGCCUAUUCCACAACAGCAGCAGCAACAGAGACCACCUGGUCCACAGCAGCAGCAGCAACAGAAACCACCUGGUCCACAACAGCAGCAACAGAGACCACCAGUUCCACAGCAGCAGCAGCAACAGAGACCACCUGGUCCACAACAGCAGCAACAGAGACCACCAGUUCCACAGCAGCAGCAGCAACCAGCUGGUCCAUGGCAACAACAAAGACUGCCUAUUCCACAACAGCAGCAGCAACAGAGACCACCUGGUCCGCAACAGCAGCAGCAACAGAGACCACCUACUUCGGAGCAGCAACCAUCAUUUCCUGCUCAACAGCAAAAACCAUCACCCUCUACUUCUCAACAACCACAGGAAACUGCUGUUAGUUUAAAGAGGAGAAAUGGAAAAGUAGUAUUACCAACUGCUCUGAAAGAAGCAUAUAUAGAACAAAUUCCACGCAAAAAAAAUGCUGGAACACAGGGUAGAAAGAUUCAGGUGGAAACGAACAUGUUAAAAAUCGUGCUUAAACCAAAUUUUAAAACAAAUAUUAUACAUUAUGACGUCGUUAUUACUCCAGAUAAACCAAAAUUUAUGUUCAGAACAAUUUUUGAAUUAUAUAGGAGAAAACAUUUUCCAAACAGAUAUCCAGCAUUUGAUGGAAGAAAAAAUGCUUAUAGUGGAAACGAUCUUCCAUUUGAUAGUACAAGUGUAGAAGAUGAAAUAAAAGUUCUAGACCCUGAACGACAACAAGAACGUGUAUGGAAAAUAUACUUACGAAAAGUUGCAAUUCUUGAUUUAUCAUGGUUAAGAGGUAUAGAGAUGGGUUAUAAUGAAGGUGAAAAAGAGGAGAAAGGACUACAAGCGUUGGACGUUAUUUUCCGCCACGGUCCUGCAUAUACAUUUACACCAGUGGGAAAAUCACUUUUUCCAAGACCAGAACCGGGUAGAGUUAUAUCUUUGUCAGAUGGUAUGGAUUUAUGGAUUGGCGUAUUUCAAUCUGUAGCAAUUGGAAAAAGAGCUUACUUAAAUAUUGAUGUGGCACAUAAAGGAUUCCCUAAAGACCAAUCUAUUAUUGAUUUGAUGAGAGAGUUGUGUAGACCUCCUAGACAGGCUCAACCUUUGGCAACUGUACAACCACGAGACGUAGAAAGGAAUAAAGAAAAAAUAACUAAAUUUUUAAAGGGAUUAAAAAUACAAUAUGAAUUGCCUGGUCAACCUACAACUCGAAGAACUUAUCGUGUAAAUGAAUUAGUCAGGUGUCCAAGAGAAAACAAAUUUCGUUUAGAAAAUAAUACGAUGUGUACAGUGGAACAAUAUUAUUUAGAAAAAAAGAAUUAUAGAAUACAAUUUCCUGACUUACCUUGUCUUUGGGUAGGAUCCCGAAAUAAUAAUAUUCACUUGCCUGUGGAGUUGUGUACAAUUGUGGGUGGACAAGUCACACAAAAGAAACUAAAUGAAGAUCAAACUACUAAUUUAAUUCGACAUGCUGCAACUGAUACUCGAACACGUAAAGCAAAAAUUAUGGCUGGUUUUGCUAGUAUGAAUUUGAAUCAACAACCGACCUUAAUGAAUGAAUUUCACCUUUCUGUACAAGGAGAAUUUGAAAAAGUACCAGCUAGAAUUCUUCAAGCUCCCGUGUUGCAAUACAAUAAAAAUCAAGUUAAUGUAGUUAAAGGUGUAUGGCGAGCGGAUAAAUUUAUCAAACCGUGCGAAUUGCCAGAUCUGACGUGGACUAUUUUGAAUUUAGACGGAAGAACGCAAGAUCGUGACUUAUAUCGUUUACAAGAUAGUUUACAAAACGGCGCUGUAUCUGUCAAUAUGAGCAUUGGCAAGGCAUUAACUCCAUUUGGAAAUCUAAUGUUAGGAAGAAAUAUUAGCAACAUUAUGGAAUAUUUUCAAGAUAAAAAGAAGCAAAAUUUAAGAUUGGUGGUAGUAGUAAUCCCAGUUUUUGAUAAUGCAUCAUACAGUGUGGUAAAACAAAUUUCUGAAUUGAAAGUAACUGGUGGUGUAGUAACUCAGUGUUUAAAGAGUAAAACUUUAAUGAAACUGAGUCCUUCAACAGUCACGAAUAUUUUACUGAAGAUAAAUUCGAAACUUAACGGAGUUAAUCAUAAACUUGCUCCUACCUAUUUACCACCUUGCUUAUCAGUACCGUGCAUGUUAAUUGGUGCAGAUGUGACUCAUCCUUCGCCUGAUGCUGUAGACAUACCUUCGAUUGCUGCUGUCGCCGCAAGUCACGAUCCGAGUGCUUUUCAAUAUAAUGUACAAAUAAGAAUCCAAUCACCAAGGGAAGAAAUGAUUCAAAGUUUGGAAGAAAUUAUGCGUAAACAGUUGAUAUAUUUUUUUCAAAAGACGAGCUAUAAACCUAGAAAAAUAAUUUUUUAUCGAGAUGGUGUAAGUGAAGGCCAACUUCCACAAGUUAUGCAUUUCGAAUUAUCUGCAAUAAAGAGAGCCAUUGCAAAGUUAGAAGGAUCUACUGAACAUAAGAUUCCAAUUACAUUUCUUGUAGUUCAGAAGAGGCAUCAUAUACGUCUUUUUCCAACUGAUAACAAUUGUGAUCAAAAGAAUUUUAACGUGUUAGCAGGCACUAUUGUUGACACAGAAAUUACACAUCCUACACAAGUGGAUUUUUAUCUUGUAUCACAUGCUAGUAUUCAGGGUACUGCGAGACCAACCAAGUACAGAUGUAUAUGCAAUGAAAAUGAUUUAUCAGAAGACGAAAUUGAACAACUAACAUAUUAUCUUUGUCAUAUGUUCGCACGGUGUACAAGAUCUGUUAGUUAUCCUGCUCCUACUUAUUAUGCUCAUUUAGCAGCUGCUAGAGCCAGAGCAUUGAUACACGGGGUUCCUUUAGAUAUAAAUAACUUGGAAGAAGCACAGCGAGUUAACAUGACGUUACAGAUGAACGAGAACUCUCCUAUGUUUUUUGUUUAAGAAUUAUGUACGUAUUUUCAUUUUUUCUUUCACUUACAUUAAAUAAUGCUUUUUAUUAUUAAAUAUAAUCAACAUAUAAUCAUUGUCACAUUAAAAAAAAAA